CAUCACUACUCAUCCAUUGCACACAACCCAUUCCCUCUCUCCCUCUCUCUUCAAUGUAUAUAUAUGUUACAUUACUAUGAUACGGAGUAAAGGCAAGGAACAUUUAAUCAUCAUCUCCAUUUCUCACCAAUUUUUAUAUCCCACACAAUCUGCAAGUCUGCAACCUUCAGUAAAACAGAUCUUCACUUUCUUUCUUUUGAAAAAAGCCACAUGUUGAAAUAAUGAUCUUCACAACCUGCAACCUUCAGAUCCUUCAGUCUAUUCUCAACAAGAUAAAAAAGUGAAAAUAUUCCCAUACUCUUUACAAUAGUUUUAAACUUCAAAUCCUCAUGGACUUUCUCAAAGUUUCUGACAAGACAACAACUCUCUAUAGAAAUAACUCUCUAUUUGGGUUGAAUCAACAACAAAUGGAGAUUCAUCCUCAUCCUCAUGUCAUUACUCCUCAUGCAGGAAAUGGAGUUAUGGGAUGUUACUAUUAUUACCCUUUCACAAACGCGCAACUAAAGGAGCUCGAGAGACAAGCGAUGAUCUACAAGUACAUGAUCGCAUCCAUUCCCGUUCCUUUUGAUCUCCUUGUCUCAUCAUCCUAUGCACCUCCCUGUAAUAAUAAAAACGCUGUCGGAGACUUAGAGCCGGGGAGAUGUCGGAGAACAGACGGGAAGAAAUGGAGAUGCUCGAAAGAAGUAGUCUCUAAUCACAAAUACUGUGAGAGACACUUGCACAGAGGCCGUCCUCGUUCAAGAAAGCAUGUGGAACUUCCUUACUCUCGCCCUAGCAACAUUGGUGGUGGUUCCGAGAAAAACAGAAUUCUUAGCUCUAUAAAAGACACAACAGUCGUCGAGCCAAAGGAGGUUUCAUCAGCCCUCUCAAACUACAGAGGAAUCGAGAUCUUUCCUGCAUCGGCGUCAAACGAGCAAGAAAACAAGUAUCUGAACUUUAUAGAUGUGUGGUCCGAUGGAGUAAGAUCAUCUGAGAAACUGAGUACCCCUGCUUCUUCUUCCCCCAAUGGCAAUCCUUCUCUUUACUCGCUUGAUCUCUCUAUGGGAGGAAACAGCUUAAUGGGCCACGAUGAAAUGGGCUUAAGGGUAAUUGGGCCGGGCCGUGAUGAUCCUCACGGGUAUGGUCCAUAUGGCGCUGUCGUGUCUUCUUCACUUGAUGAGAUGUCGAGAUGGCUUGCUCCCACUUCCGCCACGCCCGGGGGACCAUUAGCGGAGAUACUGAGGCCGAACCCGAGUUCAGCGUUUUCUGGCGAAAUGGAAGCGAAUAGCUUGACGGCGACUCCUACUCCGAGCUCGUCGCCGUUGUCGACUUAGCUUGAACAUAGCUUGGUUUAUAAGCUAUCCUAAUGA